GAGAAUCAUAGCUGGCGGCCUCACGACGCAUGCGUCAAACCGCCGAACAAAACACGCGAGUUAUUACCAAAAAUACAAUCAUAAUUCAAAAAUCGAACACGUUUCAAAUCAUAGUGUAAUAUAGUUUUAAUUUUUCUUCAUUCAUAGUUUCGUUACGUUGGACUUUCGGUGUUGAACAGCUGUUCCAAAUUCAAAUCUAAUCUUAGGAUUGGACGAUUAAAGAGUUUAUCCUCGGGAAUGCCAGUGUGAAUAACAAUGUCUACGACAGUCGAGGUGAACUCGCGGGUCCUCGGGCGCGCUCACCUCUCCCAUCUGCCGCAGCGGCCUCCAGUCAACCUGAGCUUUCAAGAUCUUAGCUAUACCGUGCAGAAUGGGAAAAGUUCAAAGAUAAUCUUGCGCAGCAUAAACGGUGACUUUAGAUCAGGUCAGCUGACUGCCAUCUUGGGUCCAUCUGGAGCUGGAAAGAGUACACUCCUCAAUAUUUUAGCUGGAUACAGAGUAACAGGAGCCUCAGGGGUGAUAUCAACGAAUGGAGAGCAACGAGACCUGCACCAGUUCAGGAAGCUGUCCCGCUACAUCAUGCAGGAAGACCUGCUGCAGCCGUACAUUACGGUGGAAGAGGCCAUGCUGAUAGCGGCGGAUUUGAAGCUGGGGAUUGAUAUGUCGAAGGAGAAGAAGGCUGUUAUUGUAGAAGAAAUCAUCCAGCUACUAAGACUACAGAAAGCCAGAAACACAGCAACAGAAAGAUUAUCAGGCGGCGAAAGGAAACGAAUAUCAAUAGCAUUGGAGCUGUUGAACAAUCCACCAGUCAUAUUCCUAGAUGAGCCUACUACCGGUCUCGACGACGUAGCAUCAUCAACUUGCGUAUCCCUCCUCAAACGGGUUGCCCGAGGGGGUAGGACAGUGGUCUGCUCUCUCCACACGCCAUCAGCCCGACUCUUCGCUGAGUUCGACCACGUGUAUGUGGUGGCUGGAGGCAGGUGUGCCUACCAGGGGACGGCGGCAGGAGUUGUACCGUUCCUCAAUGAGUUGCAGCUGCCGUGCCCUAAGACUUAUAAUCCGGCUGAUUUUAUUAUCGAAGUAUCAAGUGGCGAAUAUGGCUCUCACGUAGACCGAAUGGUAUCAGCAGUAGAAAAUGGUAAAAACCAGCGAUGGAGAACCUAUGCCAUAGAGGAUGUUCAAGCUGGAGAACCAAUUGAAGAAAUGGAGAUAGAACAACUGAACGCUGGUGGAGUGGAGAAACAUAAUUAUAAGCAUGGUUGUACUGCAUGUCAACAGUUUGUAAUUCUACUCAAGAGGAUGCUGUUGCAGACUGUUAGGAAUAAGAGUUACCUCUGGCUGCGAGUCGGAUUGCAUUUGUUCAUAGGAUUUAUAGUCGCCAGUCUAUUCAACAGAAUGGGUUACGACGCGUCGAAGACUAUAUUUAACUUUGGUUUCUGCUAUGCCUGCACUAUUGCCAUGCUUUAUAUUCCUAUGAUGCCUGUUUUACUUGCCUUUCCAACCGAAGUCCAACUUGUCAAAAGGGAGUAUUUUAAUCGAUGGUACGGUUUGAAGCCAUAUUACGCAGCACUGGUGGUCUCUCGGACUCCCGCGACUAUCUUCUUCAGCCUCAUCUACUUGGUCAUUACAUACCCCAUUACCUCCCAGCCCAUGGAGCUAGAUAGAAUAGUCAUGUUUAGUGUAACAUGUAUUCUAAUAGCUCUCAUAUCGGAAUCCAUGGGAACUGUGAUAUCGUCCAUGCUAAGUGUUGUCAAUUCGGUCUUCAUGGGUCCAUCAAUGAGUGUGCCAUUAAUGCUGCUCGCAGUGUAUGGUAUCGGUAGUGGAGAUGAUCCUCUUCCCAUAGUCUGGAGGCUGGCGAGAGCUUGCUCCUUCCUAAGAUACGGGAUUGAAGGUCUGGUUGCUGCGAUAUACGGCCCACCCAGAGAUGAUCUAAUAUGUCCAGAUCAUGUAGACUACUGUGAAUAUAAGAAUGUUGCGUACUUUGUGAAACUUAUGGGUAUGUCUGGAGUCUCGUUCUGGGUAGACUUCGGUGCAUUGGUCUUCAUCCUCCUCGCGAUGAACCUCACCGGCUACUACCUUCUUCGACAGCGACUUUCUCCCAACUAUGCCUUCAGAGCUAUCAAGGUCAUCGGCAACUUUAUCAAGACCAAGAUGAGUUCUUACUCAUAGUAGACUAUCUUUAUCACCAGUGUUGUAUGAGACACAGUGUCUUCUGUAAAUAGAUUUUAGUUCGUAAGAGUAGGAUAACGUUUUUUAUAUUCAUUAUAGCAGUAAGUUACACUUAAGCGUGUUGUUAUAUAUUUUGAGGAGUUGACCUCCUUCUUACAUUCAAAGAAUGUGUUUAAUCCACUGUGAUAGCAUGAUAUAGGUUUGAAGUGGUUCCUAUUACCCAACUACGGCCAAGCCAAAAGAAGGGCUUACUAAUACUUCUUAUGCAUUUCUUAAAAGUCUAUUGGUUAAGGUGUAAACGGAAAAUAAUAUCGAAAAUAAAUAGAAUUCAGUUACUAGGUAACCAAAGUAAGUAAAGGAAUUACCAGUGUGAUAGGUCUUGUAGGGUUUUACUCUAUGUAUUUUAAAUGUAAUAGUUAUAGCAAGUACAUAAUCAAUAGUAUAAUUGCCGAUGAAGUUAUUGUCAUAAAAUUAUUGUAUUUUCAAGCAUGAGGAUAUUUUAAGACUGAUUGUACUGUUUUCUUCACUUGAAAGAGAUAUUCAGAACUCAUAUUGUUCGUAAGAUAAAUAUUUUUUUAUUUCUGCUGCAUGAUAAUAUGCAACAAGCACGAGAAUGGAGGAAUCAAAAUAACUUGUGUUUUUGUUAAGGGCAAAAGGAACAUUGAAUCGGAUUUUUAGAAAUUCAUUAAUUUAAAAAAGGUUACUCAAGUGCCAGUAUCCAGUUCUGUUUUAAGAUUAUUCCGUAUAAGGAAAAACCUUUUAUUUAUUUUGAGUCUUCUAAUUUAUCGUUUCCAUUAUCUUUAUUUCGUCUGAAUGGAGUGUCAUAAAUGAUUAUUAUGUGUCAAUGUCAAUAAAGAAAUUAUUUAUAUGAUAAAAAAUAAUUCGAUACUAAUUCAUCGGUACUUUAAUACUUAUAAGAAUAUGGUAAUACUCUUUAGUAUAAAUUAUUUCUUAGCGUUAAAGGUGGGUUCGGAUCCAAUAAAAAUGAAAAUAAAACCAUUUUUGUUCUCAAA